GGGUCAGCUUGGACGAUCUUAUCACGCGCAUUUGUGGAGUAUUGCAUAUGGGGUUGGGAUAAUCUUCCGCGGAACCUACUUAUGUACUACUCGAAUUUUGUGUCCUCUCCUGAAGGCUAUUUCCAUACUGUUAUCUGCAAUGCACCAGAGUUUACGUCGACUGUUCUUAACCAUGACUUACACUAUAUCUCUUGGGAUGUCCCUCCGAAACAACAUCCACAUAUUCUCAGAGUCAAUGACAUUGGGAAAAUGGUAGCGAGUGGCGCUGCAUUUGCGCGUAAGUUCAAGAAUGAUGAUCCGGUUAUGGACAAGAUCGAUCAAGAGUUUCUUCAUCGAUGGAAUGGUAGCUUCACGCCAGGUGGUUGGUGCGCGGGUAAUCCACCUUGUUCCAAAGUUGGGAACCCGAAAAAGCUUAGACCGGGUCCAGGCGCUCAGAGGCUUAGACGCCUCAUCGAUAGACUAGUUGACACAGCCGGUCGCAACCAAUGUAAGUAGAUUUUUUCGUUUUACUUUCCCUGUAUCGUUCCAAUUUUAUCAGAUGUUACUUUUCCCUGUAUCGUUCCAAUUUUAUCAGAUGUUUUCGAAGGGAUCAAAAGAGUAUAAAGUUCA